AAAGGGCCCCCAAGCCCAGGCUGGGGGCAUGGUGUGGGAAGGGCAGCACGGGUGGGGCCCAGGAGCUGAGUGAAGGGGGCAGGGGGGGGGCCCAGGUGGCCAAGGAAGGGACGGAGCAGGGGGGGGAGGGGGGUCAGGAUGGUGAGGAGGAGCCGAAGAAGGAGGCUGCAGAGAUUCACAAGGCUGUGCGGUCGGGAGGAGGGGCUCAGGGUAAAACGGAGCUGCCCCCCAUGUGGACCAGAGCCUGGAAGUGGUGGGAAAAAGGGCAGAGGGAACCCUGUGUCUGUUCAGCUGUUCCCCCCUGAGCUGGUGGAACAUAUUAUCUCUUUCCUCCCGGUCCGGGACAUUGUUGCCCUGGGUCAGACCUGCCGCUACUUCCAGGAAGUAUGUGAUGCUGAGGGUGUAUGGAGGAGAAUCUGUCGCCGGCUCAGCCCCCGACUCAGAGAGCAGGGUGCUGGUGCCCGGCCCUGGAAAAGAGCUGCUAUCCUAAACUACACCAAAGGCCUAUACUUCCAGGCGUUCGGGGGCCGCCGCCGCUGCCUCAGUAAGAGCGUGGCCCCCCUGCUUGCCCACGGAUACCGACGCUUCCUGCCAACCAAGGACCAUGUCUUCAUUCUUGAUUAUGCUGGGACUCUCUUCUUCCUCAAGAAUGCACUGGUGUCUUCCACUCUUGGCCAGAUCCAAUGGAAGCGGGCAUGCCGCUAUGUUGUGCUGUGCCGGGGAGCCAAGGAUUUUGCCUCAGAUCCACGGAGUGACACUGUCUAUCGUAAAUAUCUGUAUGUGUUGGCCACAAGGGAGCAGCCAGGAGUGGUGGGGGGACCUGGUGGAAGAGCCUGCGACUGUGUGGAGGUUUAUCUGCAGUCCAGCGGGCAGCGUGUCUUCAAGAUGACAUUCCACCACUCCAUGCGCUUCAAGCAGAUUGUGCUGGUUGGUCAGGAGACUCAGCGGGCUCUGUUACUGCUUACUGAGGAAGGAAAGAUUUACUCCCUCGUGGUGAAUGAAACACAGCUAGACCAGCCUCGGUCAUACACAGUGCAACUGGCACUGAGGAAAGUGUCUCGUUGUCUGCCCCAUCUCCGAGUGGCCCGAAUGGCCUCCAACCAAAGCAGCACACUCUACAUUACGGACCAGGGGGGAGUGUAUUUUGAGGUACAUACUCCUGGAGUAUAUCGUGAUCUCUUUGGGACCCUUCAUGCCUUUGAUCCUCUGGACCAGCAGAUGCCACUUGCCCUCUCACUACCUGCUAAGAUAUUAUUCUGUGCUCUUGGCUACAAUCACCUCGGUCUGGUAGAUGAAUUCGGACGAAUAUUCAUGCAGGGAAACAACCGGUACGGGCAGCUGGGGACAGGGGACAAGAUGGACCGUGGGGAACCCACUCAGGUACAUUACCUGCAGCGCCCCAUUGCCCUCUGGUGUGGCCUGAAUCACUCCCUCGUGUUGAGCCAGAGCUCGGAUUUCAGCAAGGAGCUGCUGGGUUGUGGCUGUGGAGCUGGGGGUCGGCUCCCUGGCUGGCCCAAGGGGAGUGCCUCCUUCGUCAAGCUCCAUGUCAAGGUCCCUCUUUGUGCUUGCUCUCUUUGCUCCACGAGAGAAUGCCUCUACAUGCUCUCCAGCCAUGAUAUUGAACGCCGCCCCACUUACCGUGACCUACCAGCCAGCAGGGCCACAGGGACUUCAGAUCCCAGUAUGGGGACGGGGACAUCCCAGGAUCCUGGGGGGGCAGCCCGAGCCUGUGAAGAGUAUCUGAGCCAGAUUCACAGCUGUCCCACCCUGCAGGACCGGAUGGAGAAGAUGAAGGAGAUUGUGGGCUGGAUGCCUCUGCUAGCUGCACAGAAGGAUUUCUUCUGGGAAGCACUGGACAUGCUGCAGAGGGCUGCUGGGGGAAGUGGCCCAGGACCCACACCCCUUGAAAGCUGACCCCCUUUAUUCCCCCAAAAGGAAGGGGAGAGACUGGCCAGGGGCCAGGCCAGGUCAGAGAAGAGCUGAAGCGUGUACUAUAUAUAUGUGAGAGAUUUGGGGAAGGGGGAGGGAACAGGAGACACGCACUGGGUCGGGACGGGGGUUGUUUUGUAAAAUUGUUGGGGGGAUUUCCCAGGAGGGGCCCCCAACCUGGGCAUCAUGGACAAAAGAAAUUUGAUGGAUGGAUACAAUAAAAGAAGCUGCAGCAGA